GGCAAACUCAUGGGAGGAUGGGCGAGCGGCAGUCGCAACCUUGCCUGUUGAAAUCGCCAGCGGCGGUGGUUGGAUGGAGGAGCAGGCACGCGGCGGGAAUGUUCACGCGACAGUUGGGGCUCCGCGCGUUUUGCUCGAGCAACUCAAAUGCUGCGAAUUUGCAUCACUUGGUGUCCUGUUUUACAUCACGGAGAAAUUUGAGUAUCUUUUUUUUACAUCUAUAUCAGCUGUUGAAGUUGGCCACGUUGUGGAAAAAUGUUGACAGUCUGGGUCCUGUCAAAAAAAAAAAUAUGUUUGACAGUCUGGAAGCCGUGGAGCAACACGCUCGAGGAGUCGUAGUGGAGGGAAGCGUACCAAACUGGUCAAAAAUCCGAUUCCAACCACCAUCAACCACAUCGCAGAAGUGCGAAUCCGCCCGCCCAACGCCGACACGGCACCAGAACACCCCGUCACAGCGGCGCGCCUCCGAGUCAAGCCAACCCCCGCGCGGCGGCCACCCGUAGCCAACGUGUCCUACUGUCCUAGGAUCCCGCCGGCUGCGCGGCCGAGGGAGAGAUGCGGCGGUCGUCGAGCGGGGCGCGCGUGUCGGAGGGCGGCGACGCGUCCUCGUCCUCGUCGGGCCACCACGGCGAUGGCACGGCGCUCCCGACGUUCGAUCCGCAGUCGGCGGCGGGCCGGCGGGAGGCGGCGCGGACCCGGGCUCUGGGGCGCGCCGUGCACUGCAUCCCGCUGUUGCUGCUACUCUGCGCCCUCGUGCUCUGGCUCUCCGCCGCCUCCACCUCCCCGGUUCACCUCGACUGAUAAUAGAAGGGUAUGGCAAAUGGAUUUUAAAUCAGGUUUCCACAGAGUUCCCCCAAAUGGUCAAAAGGGUACAGUGAACUAGUUCAGGAAUGAUCAGGUAGUACAGGAGGCCUUAAGUUGGUGGUUGGAAGGUUUAGUACAGCAACAAGCUCACCUACUAGUAGGUGACUAUUUUGGAGUAUUCUUUUCACUCCAGAUUGGAGUUGGUGUGAUUUGGCCCACCAUUACAAUUUGUAUACAAAAAACUGAGUAUGUAUUCUUUUCCGACACUAACACAUGUAUACAUAUUAUGAAAUUGUUUUUA